AUGGAAGAAGAGUGGCUGUCCUCUUCUCAGCAAAGGAGCCAGAAGCCUGAAACUACCCCUCUUUCCAAACCAUCCAGCCUGGAGAAACAGAUGCCUGGACUGAAAUGUGGAAUUCGUCCCAUUGAUUUGAAGAGCCCAGAGGAUUUUUUCCCACUUAGAUCCUUCUCUCGAAUUGUUGGCGGGAGAGAUUCUGUGCCUGGAGGACAGCCUUGGCAGGUCUCUCUCAAACUGGGUCGUUUCCAUUUCUGUGGCGGCAGUCUAGUCCGAGAAGAUGUGGUUGUCACUGCAGCUCACUGUGUGGCCAACCUGGAGCAGAAGCUCCUGGGGAGGCUGGUGGUGACGGUGGGGGAGCACCACCUCCGGCAGGCAGACCGGCAGGAGCAGAGCAUCCCUGUCUCGCAUGUCGCCAUCCACCCGGGGUUCAACAAGGAGCACUACAUGGACUGUGAUGUGGCAGUGCUUCGCCUGCAGCGCCCAGCACAGUGCGGGCGUGAGGUUCACCCUAUCUGCCUUCCCCACAGAGAUGAAGACUAUGAGGCUGGGACCCUGUGUGUGGCUAGCGGCUGGGGCAAGGUGUCAGAGGAUGCUGGGGAGCCGGCUCCUGUGCUGCAGGAGGUGGAGCUGCCCCUUAUCGACAGUGAGACCUGUGGUGCCUUGCUGAGGGAGAUGAACCUGCCACCACUGCAGCAGAGCUCCAUGCUGUGUGCUGGCUUUCCUGAUGGUGGGAAGGAUGCCUGUAAGGGUGACUCUGGAGGCCCCCUUGUAUGCAUGAGACCAAGUGGUGCCUGGACCCUGGUUGGUGUGGUGUCCUGGGGGGUCGGCUGUGCAAGGGGCUGGGAUACCCCAAAGAGGUACACUGUGGCCCGGGGCUCCCCAGGCAUCUUCUCCAGGGUGGCUGCAUUUGUGGAUUUCAUUGCUCAGCAUAUGAUACCUGCUGCUGUGCCAAGCCCUCUUCCUGUGCCAGCUCAGUGCGGUUCCCAAGGUCUACUGGUUUUUGGAGAAAGUGGUCGUGUUCAAUAUCCCCAGUCCUUGGACGAUAAUUACCCAGACAACAGCUUGUGCAUCUGGAAUAUAACAGUGCCGGAAGACAAGAUCAUCUUGAUACACUUCACCAGACUAGACAUAGACAGCCAAGUUGGAUGUGACUCCGAUUAUGUGUCCCUCUAUUCAAACAGAGGAGAGCUAAUCAGUAAGGUCUGUGGGGAUAUACUACCAGCCCCUCUGUUGAUAGAGUCGGACGGAGCCACCAUCAAGUUUGUUUCUGAUGGAGCCAACACUGGCCGUGGUUUUGAGCUCACCUUCACAGCCAUCCAUAAGGAAUCUGAAGCAGGUUCAGGCUGUGGAAGUGUGGCAAUGUUAGUGGAAGAGGGGAAGAUUGAUACUGCUAAUUACCCUGGUCUAUAUCCCAGGAACACAAAGUGCCACUGGCUCAUUGAGGCUCCAGUAAAGUACAUUGUAAAGCUGGAAUUUGAAGACUUUGCUGUUGAACUGAGCCCAAGCUGUAUUUAUGAUGCAGUUACUGUUUACAGUGAUGCAGAAGAAGAAAACCAGUUGGCUAAUCUCUGCGGAUUCUCAAUUCCUAAACCAGUACUGAGCCCUGAGAAUACAAUGCUGGUGCAUUUUGAAAGUGAUGGGGAGAACAGCUUCAGAGGAUUCAGAGCCAGGCUCACUUUUGUUCAUUCAGAUGCCUGUGGACUUCCCGUGGUUACUCCCUGGUGGCUGUUCAAGCGUCUUAGUGGGGGCGAAGAGGCCUGCCCCCACUGUUGGCCUUGGCAUGGGGCCUUGAAGCUCCUUGGAGACUACCAGUGUGAUGGGGUGGUUGUCAGCCCCACAUGGCUGCUGACAGCAGCCCACUGUGUGCAGCUAUCCAAUAAACCCUUGCACUGGACUGUGGCAGUGGGAGACCAUGACAGAGCCCUGAGAGAGUCAACAGAACAGAUGAGGCGAGUGAAAACCAUCAUGGUGCAUCCCAAUUUUGACAUAGUGAGCUAUGACUCUGACAUUGCCUUGGUUCAACUAGAUGCUCCUCUGGAGUACAGUGCUGCUGUGAGGUCCGUGUGUUUGCCCAACAGCACAGAGCCCUUAUCUUCCUCUUCCCUCUGUGCUGUGUCUGGAUGGGGGAUCAGUGAAAAAGAUGGGAGCCGAGCCACGCGACUGCAGCAGACACAAGUUCCUGUACUUGAGAAUGAGGUCUGCGAGAGAAACUACUACUUAAAUCACCCUGGAGGGAUCACAGCUCGCAUGCUUUGUGCAGGUUUUGUUUCUGCUGAAGGGCAGGACUCUUGUCAGGGUGGUUCUGGUGGCCCUUUGGUUUGUAACAACGAAAAUGGACCAUUUAUUCUUUAUGGCCUUGCCAGCUGGGGAGUUGGCUGUGCCAGACCAAAGAAACCAGGAGUCUAUUCAAGGGUGAGGACUUUUCUGAACUGGAUCAGACUGACAAUGAAAGGUGGUGAACAGAGCACACCGCAGGGAGGCGGCAGUGGACCUGGGACCUCGGUACCGGAACAGCCAACGAGCUUGCCCACAAAGCCCACGAACUUUGUGGGAGAGGCGCACAAACAAGGGAGAUUCUGGAUGACCCCCAGUCAGUAG